AUGUCACAUGGAACACCUGCGUUGACAGGUAUUGUUAGGACAAACCAACCGUCCGGCGUCUUCACAAUCCCCAUCUUCACAUUCAAGCUCUACGUCAUCUCGGAGCGGAAGCUCAUCAGCGCCAUUCAGCGCCAUGCCAAGACCAUUUCUUUCACGCCGUUUGCCGCCAAGACCUCGAAGACGCUGAGCGGACUGGGAGAUAUCGUCCUGAGGAUCCAAGACCAUCUUCAAGGCCCACCAGAGGCCAAGGAGUUCGACAGGGUCCAGCGGGCUUCGAUGUCUGCUGGCCCUGAUCUGGAUGCCAUGGCUUUGGUUUCGUCAAAGGUGACUUUGGAGCUGGUUGAGGAGCUGGCCACGAAGGCGAACGCGGAACCUGGGACUCGGUUUGAGCUUUACACGUGGCUGAAGCAUCUCAUCGCGCUGUCUGCCUCAGAAGGCAUGUUUGGGCCGAUGAAUCCCUUCCGUGACCCUGAACAUGAGGCAGACUUCUGGUACGUGGAACAAAAUGUCCUUUUAGGAAUCAUGAUCUGA